UCAGCUGUCGAUGGCCGGUGAUUCCCCACUGGCACCUGGCGAUCGCCGAGUAUCACUGAUGGGGGAUAGGUCUGUAUCACACUGCUUUUUAUUGUUCUGCAUAGCAGAGCAAUACAAAGCAAUGUGCUUACACAGUACAACACACACAUACACAAUAGUAUAACAGCACACAGCGCACAGUUAACCCUUUGAUCGCCCCAGAUGUUAACCCUCCCUGCCCAGUGUAAUUAGUACAGUGUCAGUGCUUUUUAUUAGCACUGAUCACUGUAUUAGUGUCACUGGGGAUGUCAGUGACAGUUAGUCAGUCCCCCCCCCAGUGUCAGAAUGCCCUCCGCAGUCCCG